AUGGCUUCCGACCUCAGCAGCACCUGGAACCUGCUCAGCAGCGACAACGUCGAGGGCUACAUGCGGGCCCUAGAUAUUGACUUUGCCACUCAUAAGAUAGCCAAGAUGCUGAAGCCACAGAAAGUGAUUGAGCAGAAUGGGGAUUCUUUUACCAUCCACACGAACAGCACCUUCAGGAACUAUGUUGUGAAAUUUAAAGUCGGAGAAGAAGUUGAUGGAGAUAACAAAGGCAUAGAUAACAGAAAAUGCAAGAGCUUGGUCACUUGGGACAAUGACAAAUUCACCUGCGUGCAGAAGGGGGAAAAGAAGAUUGAAGAGGACCAGCUUCACCUGGAACUAUUCUGUGAAGGCCAAGUGUGCAAGCAGAUGUUCCAGAGAGCUUGA